ACCUCCUUUUCUACAUUGUUAACCCUUAAUAAUAGAUAGUUCAAAGUUAAAUUCUAUUUACCCCUUUUUUACUAAGUUCCUACUAAUUCAUCAUGAUACUUCUACAAAGCGAUAAUAAAACACUCACAUAGCACGCUUAUACUAUUAUAGACCCACCGCACCUUAUCUAUCCUUAUCUCAAGACCGCCAGCCACCUACAUCAUCAUCACCAAUAACAAGCUAUGCCCUCCCUACCCUACGAGGAAACCCCGCUCAUCCAGCUCCUCUCCAUCUCCUCCUUCCUCCUCGCUCUUAACAUCACCAAUACCAUCCUCGACCGCGCGCUGUACUGCGGGUUGGUUGGGCAGGUGUUUAUCGGUGUGGCGUGGGGCACGCCUGGAGCCGGGACUAAGUUGCUAUCAGCGGAAUUACAAGAAAAUGUGGUCCAACUUGGGUACCUAGGACUAAUACUCAUGGUUUUCGAAGGGGGUGCAGCGACGAGGGUUGAUGGUGUGAGGAGGGAUUUAUGGAUGAGUGCCCUAGUUGCAGUGACCGGUGUGGCGGCGCCACUGGGAUUGGGGUGGGGUGGGCUGACCGCUAUGUUAGGCGGGGAAGGAGGGGGGGUAAGUAAUGUGCAGUGCUUUGCGGCGGGCGCUGCACUCGCGUCGACGAGUUUGGGGACUACGUUUGCGGUGCUGAGUGCGAGUGGACUUGUGAAGACUAGGUUGGGGAGUGUGCUUGGGACUGCGGCUAUGAUGGAUGAUGUGGUUGGGUUGGUUAUGGUGCAGAUUGUGGCUAGUUUUGGGGGAGGGGAGGUAGAGAUUGAUAUAGGGCAGGCGGUGAUUAGGCCGGUGCUUGUUUCGCUGGGUUUUGCGGUUUUGGUGCCGGUUGCUUGUCGGUUUGUGGCGAGGCCGUUUUUGAGGAGCGAGGUGAUGACGAAGAAGGGAGAGUGGUGGUCGAGUAUUCGAGAUGCGAAGGAGACUGCGUUUGUGGCCCAGACGGCGCUUUUGAUUGCGCUUGUGGUGAGUGCAAAUUAUGCGGGCGCUUCGGUGCUGCUUGCUGCGUAUCUUGCUGGGAUUGUAGUUAGUUGGUGGGGAGACGCGAGACAUACAGAUAUUGAUAAUGCCAGAGGACAAAACGAGGAUGCGGAUAGGUCCGAAGCAAUGGAAUUGACCGGAGUCCGGGCUUCGGAGAACAACCGAACGGAUGCCGAAACCCAAAAUGUCUCCGCAAAUACAGCUCAUUCAGUACAGCAGCACCAGCAGCAUGAAACGGAGCAUACCGGUACGGCUAUAUACGACUUGUACUACUCACAACCAGUUGCCCGGGUUCUUAAGCCAUUCUUCUUCGCAUCAAUCGGUUUCUCUAUUCCGAUCUCCGAUAUGUUCUCCAGGGAAGUAAUAUGGCGCGGCAUUAUUUACAGUAUUCUUAUGGCCAUUGGCAAGAUGAUAUGUGGUUUAUGGCUGGUCCGGUUCUCCAUCUCUGCGAGCGAUAUUGUCGGGAAUUUUGCCUCAUUCGCAUCGUCCCGAUACCAGAAAUUUGGCAAUAUGUUCCGACGACCGCGGAGAUCGAACCCGCCGGCGACGGAGAAUGCGACCGGUAUAGGAGGACAAUCAGAACCACACCCCGCCGUCUCUUCUACAGACCUACAUGAGAACAGCACGCCACAAGGACACUCAGCAUCUUCAUCUUCAUCUAGUAGCGAUAGGACUACGGCAACCACCCCGCCGGCGAAACCACUCUCUCUUUAUCCAGCGGCGAUCGUAUCAUCCGCGAUGGUAGCACGAGGCGAAAUCGGAUUCUUAAUUUCGGCCGUGGCAGAAAGCAACAGGGUAUUCAGACGGCCAUCCGAUGGUGCGGGUGCAUCGGCCCUCUUUCUAAUCGUUACUUGGGCUAUCGUUUUGUGCACCAUCAUUGGGCCCAUAAGUGUCGGUUUGUUGGUUAGAAGGGUUAAGAAGCUUGAGGGGAAAGCCGCCGCCGCCGGGAGGGGAACAAAGGAUGUUUUAGGCGUUUGGGGCGUGCAAUGAUGACGACUAUUGAGAGCUUUGCUAUGACUCUUAUAAAACGUAUGCGCCAACUACUAGACUUCACACCAAGUGAACUUAUAUAGGUUCUACUUGCGGAUAGUGCAAGAUGAUAUCUCGACGACUUUCUAUUAUAUACUGGUGGCCUAGGAAGAAGGUAUUUACACAAAGGCUACCCUUCACCCCCAUACGUCUUCACUUCGAAAUGACCACGAUUGUCAAAUUGUCCAGGUAAUCUCGUUGGGGCGCGCGGCAACACUUUAGCAAGUGAAGAGAGCAGGUCCUGAGGUGAUGAAUUAGUUCCAGCUCUUAUAUAACAUGGACAGUUUAUUGUUUACAUACCGGGGAUCUUGUAGGGGUUGCUAGUUCCUGGGGGCUUGCUGUAAAUGUCGAUGAGUAGGCCAGGGUCGCUGGACUAUAAACGUGUUAGCCAGCCUAAAAUAGAAUAGGGAGAUUCUCAUCCAGUUGCGAAUUUUCGCGCCAGAGAUUCAGUGUAUAAUUACCUUGUAGAUACCAGGGAUGCUAGAAGUGGAUGGCUUCUUAGUCGCCUUGCCGCCGGUCACGUUGAUCUGGGCACAUUCCAUCUACUCCGUGUUAGAAAUGUUUCCUCGCCGAGGAAGCCCCUCUCUGAAAAGUAUUAAGGCGCAAGACGACCAACUUACGUAUAGCUGGGCACCAUUGACGG